AUGGCUAAGAAAUAAAUUCAGUUUUCCUUACAAGCAUAUACAUAGAUGCGUGCACAUAUAUGAUGAUGAACGAUGAUCAUCUUAUCUUUUGGCUUAUAAAUUUGAGCAGUUUCCCUUCGAAUUUCUUCCUCCCUCGGUCGAUCUAUCCUCUCUCAAUUCAAUUUGGAAUUCCAAAACAUCAUAAACGGAACGUUGACGGAGGAAUGACAAGAAGAAUCUCAACUCGUGUCAAGAAAUUUCUUUCGUGUUAUGGAUCCGGAUCAACGGGUCGCAGCCGCGCAGCCACCAAUCUCGAUGUGCAGGAAGAGUACGCUAACGCCUUCCGCACAGAAUCAUACAAUGAGUUUUGGGACCGUGUGCUCGAGCUCUCCAAUCAAGAUCUCGCCACUUGUCAAUCUCGGACCACGGGGUCCCCAUCGACCACAGCAGCUCGGCUCCCGUCGUACCGGCUCUUCCUCGACGACCUUCUGGAGCCGGACCAGGCCACCAUUACCCAAAUCCUGUCAUUGACCCGUUAUGGAACGGCUCACAAGUCUCUCCUUGCUGAAUACUUCUCCGAAACCGCAAAUGCUUCUCUCCUAUGUAGCGUCUUGCUAAAGGACCUCGACCAUACACGCGCUAAGUAUAGAAACAUGAAGUCGGCUCUUAAAUCGGCAUGUAUGAGCCACGCCCCGGACAUUUCAGCACAUUUAAUGGAAGUCUUAAACUCCAAUCCGUCAGUCUCAUCCGCCUCUCCGGGCCAGGUCCAAUCUAUGCAGGCCGGUUGCUCUAGAUUGCUCAAGCAACUCGAGUCGGCCCGUGAUAAAGUUAGGGCUAAGAUCGGAAUCGUAAGCAAGAUAAAGAAUGGUUCAGCUACCGUUCUUGUAGCUCUAUCAGCUUCAUUGGUCAUAGUCAUUAUGGCUCACGGUGUUCCGCUACUGGUGGCUGCUCCAGGUCUCUUAGCAGCUUCCUUCGAACUAGCUUCGCCACGCAUGUUGGCCAAGACCUUGGUAGAGCUCGAUGCUGCGGCCAAAGGGACUUACAUAUUGAAGAGGGACAUGGACACCAUCGGCCGGUUUGUGAGCCGGCUGAAUGACGAACUCGAGCAUAUGCGAGAAAUGUCUAGGUUUUGGCUCGAGAGAGGCGAGGAGCAGCUCCACACCAGCGAGGAAGUGGCUCAACAACUGGGCCAAAACGACUGUAGCUUCACCGAGCAGCUCGAUGAGCUUGAAGAGCAUCUGUACUUGUGUUUUAUGACGAUCAACCGAGCGAGGAAUCUGGUGAUGAAGGAGAUAAUUGAUCCCGGGCUGCCAGCUCGGAGCCUCAAACGCCACUCUUCUCCAUAAAGGGGUACAGAUCAUGAACUAUCUUUAAAAAAAAAAAAA